CUUUACUGGCUGACUGGCUCUCAAGAGUCAAGUCUCAACCCAUAGUGGCCAUAGACAUAGACUUACACUUACGUGACUUUGGAUCUAGACUCUAUAUAGAUACCAGACGGGCUUAGUCUUUAGACACUAUAGUUAUUAUAUAAGAUAAGGCAAGAUUUUUUUGUCUACAACUGGAAAUUGUUAGCUCAGUGUAUCAAGUCAAUGGAUCAAAUAUUUUCUAAUAAAAUAUUACAUUUAUUGAACAACCUCAAUAAAGUGACAAUUAAAGAUGCUUUGCAAAGAGGAUGCAAGUCCUUUUAUGUUGAAAAUAAGAUGAUUGGUUUGAUAAGGCCUGAUUUUUGGGAACAUCUUAAAAACUACACAGAUGUGCUUGAAUUUGUAGAGGUGAAUGCUUCAGGACAUACAAGUACACUUCUUAAACCUGGUGUUCAUCUGUCAUCAUCCUUCAAGACCCACCAAGAGAGAACCAUUGCCAUACAUGGCAUGCUAGAAAAUUUAAGACAAAAGAAUAUUAUUUUACCACUCAGAGGCUGGAGAAACGAGAACUAUUCUGUUUCUCAAAAGUUUACAGAUGAACCUCUUUUGGAAAUCGAAAGAUCAGCUUGUGGAUUGUUUGGAACUAUUCAGUAUGGUGUUCAUGUGAAUGGUUUUGUAAAGAGCCCAAAUGGAGAAAUAAAAAUAUGGCUUGGAAAAAGAUCCAAAACAAAACAAACGUUUCCAAGUAUGUAUGACAAUUUGUGUGCAGGGGGUCUAACUGCUAGACUUGGGAUUCUAGAGUGUGUUAAGAAAGAGUGUAAAGAAGAGGCCAGCAUCUCUGAUGAACUAUUGGAGGACUUGACAUUUGUUGGUACUUUAAGUUAUUUUUAUGAAGAUGAGAGGGGAUUGUUCCCUGAGUGUCAAUUUGUUUAUGACCUUGAACUCCCUGGAGAUUUCACUCCUGUUAAUGCUGAUGGAGAGGUUGCAGAAUUUCUUCUUGUUUCACUGGAAGAGUUAAAAGACUUACUUGUUGGAGGCAAUUUUAAGCCUAAUUGUGCAGCUAUUUGUCUUGAAUUCCUUAUCCGUCAUGGGUAUUUGAAUCCAGAUUCUGAUCCUAAUGUAAGCUAUUACAUAGAGCAGUUGCAUUCUCCUCUACAGACCUAUUAUGAUGGACGAUAAUAAGAUAUUCAGUAUUUGCUAUUCUGUGUUUUGUUAAAAAUUUGAAUCCCAUUUGUUCAGAUUAUAGAGUUAACACAAGUUACAAGUCCUUAAGUUUUUGUUUUAUAUUUAUCUAUAUAAAUAUUGUUAAAUUAUGCUGUAUUUAAAAUAAAUUGACAUCAAUU